AUGGUUCCUGGGCAGAAGAAAAGAAUUGCACACACUGCAAAAUUUGAUGUACAGAACAACAAAGAAAUACUUGUGCCUUUUAAAGCUCCUCUUCCACAGCAGGCUUGCCAUACCAGAAUCCUGCAGGUACAGCAACAGGCAGCACAGAUAACAGCUGCUGUUAAAAGUGGACAAGCUUUUGUUGCUGCAACUUCUGGUCAGAAGAAAACUGUACCUGUAUUGUCAACUACUCAGAUUCAAAACAUAGGACCGAUGGUAUGUUUAAAUUUGCUUGAUGUUCAACCUGUUGCAACCAGCAGUGGUCAACUGAAUGUAUUCCUUCAAGGAAAUGCUGCUACAGUGAUGCCAUGCCGACCUUCUAAUAUUUCAGUAAAAAGGAUUUCUCCUAUGCCUAUUAAGGUUUCUAGUCGGAGAAGGCCUUCUGUGGUUCCGGAAUCUGGAUCUAAAGUUCCACAUGACACAAGACAACGAUAUGUCAACUUUUUUGUUGAAGAAUUUUUGAAAGUUUGUAGAACAGUAAAUGAAGCUUUUGAUAAGGCAUUGGUAGAAGAAAAAGCAAUUUAUGAUCGUUGUGGCAGUAAAAAUAUGUAUCUGAACAUAGCUGUGAACACCCUUAAAAAGCUGAGGGAUCAAGGCAGCCUUUCUCCAAAUGGGCAGUCUUCUGGGAACAGAUGUACUAAUGCAACUGGAUCUAGAAAAUCGGACGAGAAGAAUGGUUUUACAGGAGUUGUUCUCUACAGAAUUCUAAAAGACUAUGUUCUGACUGAAGAACAAAUGCAUGAGAAUGGCUACCCACAACCAAAUCCUGACAAACCUGGCAGUGCUAUAUUAGGCAAUGGCAUUACGAAAACAGCUGUAUCUGAUGCAUCCAAGAGAGUAUGUUGUAGAUGUGGAGAAAUAUACACUGUUACUACUUCAGGAAAGCACAUUCGUAAAGAAGAAUGCAAUUACCAUUCUGGCAGAGUACUAAGACAAAAAGUUCCUGGUGGUUUAGAAACACGGUAUAGCUGUUGUGAAGGAGUAGUUGGGUCUCCUGGAUGCCAAGUUGCAAAGCUCCAUGUCCAUGAUGGCCGAAAGGAGAACCUAGAAGGCUUUGUGAAGACAUUUAGCAAACUGCCAGCUGAUGGAAAUCAUGGUGUGUUUGCACUCGACUGUGAGAUGUGUUACACAACACAAGGUCUGGAACUUAUUAGAGUGACCGUGGUUGAUUCCAACCUACAGGUUGCCUACAAUACACUUGUUAAACCAGAUAAUGAAAUAAUAGACUAUAAUACUAGAUUUUCUGGAGUGACAGAAGAGGACUUGAAAAAUACAUCAUCUUCUAUUCGGGAUGUGCAGGCAAUAUUGCUAAACUUGUUCAGUGAUGAUACUAUUUUAAUUGGACACAGCUUAGAAAAUGAUUUAUUUGCUCUCAAGCUAAUUCAUAACACUAUUGUGGACACGGCAGUUGUGUUUCCUCAUCGGCUAGGCUUGCCUCACAAAAGAGCACUUAGAAACCUAAUGGCUGAUUACCUCAGACGAAUUAUUCAGGAUGAUGUUGGUGGUCAUGAUUCUAGUGAAGAUGCUGUUGCUUGUAUGGAACUGAUGCUUUGGAAAGUAAAGGAGGAUACGAAGGGCAGAAAAUGGUGAUUUUUCUUCAAGAAUGGUGUAAUCAGCCUGAAGCCACUGCCACUUCCAUAAUGUUUCAGUAUUAACCUCUCUGUGCGUGUUGCAAUCAGUGGGUGCUACCACAAAA